CUCAUUAUCAUAAUAAAUUUAAAAAAAUAAAACAUAAUAAAAGUUAUAUUUCAAGGAAAGAGAGUUACUGUUGUCGAUUCUGGGGAAAACGGCUACGGAUUUAGACGGUCGAGGCAGGUUCCGGUUAGAUCCAGCGUCGUCGUGGGCGUCGGUCAUGCUCAGGGGAUCUAACACACGACGGCAUCCUUAUGCUCCGCGGGUUUCACAACAGAGUAUGGGAUGGCGGGAGGAGAUGGAAAUGGCGAGUCAUUUCGGAUGACAAUAAAUGACAGUGGGAUUAAAAGGAGCCGGAACAGCUUCAAGAGCUGGAGAUGGAUGAUUUUCCGAGACAACACCAUCACCACCAUGAUAGAGAUGUUGGUACUGGGAACGGCUACGGUACUAAUUGUACAAUAGUUAGCACCGUCAUAACCAAGGGAAAAACUACUACUAGUUUGAAUUAGUAGUGAUUUAGCUUAGAUGUUGUAUUGAUUUUAUAAUAAUCCGUAGUGAUUUUUACUAGUUAUCACGGUGCUAACCCCUAUAAGGGUUAGCACCUAAUCCCAUCACGUUGGUACUUUUCUUGGACCCGGAAGAAAGGAAAAGGGUGACCGGCCGGUCGGAGUCAAAGAUCCUUUUAGCCUUUAGGCGGCUCUUUUUUUUUUUUUUUUUUACUAAGGUAGAUAUUUAAUAGAUAGGGAAUUACAAAGAAGUGAAAAAUAAAUCGCGGAAAUCAGCCAAACGCUGAUUAACCGAUGCAAGAGCCGUUUUCGCCACGCAAUGGGCAGCCCUGUUAGUUCUACGAGGAGAGAAAACAAAUCGAAUAAACGUGAAUGAAGCCUUCAGCAGCCAAACCUCUUCAAGGAUUGCUCCACCCCGAUCAUGCUCUAUAACAUUCUCCGUUACUCGUCGGAUCACCAUUUGCGAAUCACCACUUAAUCAAACAGAGACAAUGUCUCGGGUUAAGCACCAAACCAUUGCAGCUCUCAAGCAAAAGAAGUUUAGAAAGGCUAGAAUUUAGAAAGCAGCAAAUUAAAAAAAAGUGCAGUUAUGAUAAUUAUGAGGUGGAAAUUAUAAGAAGAUUAAAUUUUAUUUUUUAUAAUUUUUUACUUGACCCGUCACAUAUAUAAUUGUCAACUGUCAGACUUGACUGUCAUAUUAAUAAAAGUUAACGAAGGUUAACGGAGAGUGACCAAACUUGAAUUUUGAACUAAUUUUAGUGACCAUGAAUGAAAUAAACUAAUUUUAGUGACAAACGUAAAACUGUUUAGUAAUUCUAGUAAACAAACUUGUAAUUUACCCACUAUUUAAAUGUUUUUUUUUCAAAAGGCUAUUAUCACAAAGUUCAAACUUGUAUUUUGAAAAAAAAACCUUGCAAAAAAGUCGGUAUUUAGUUCAACUUGACAUGGGUACUAGGGAUGGCAACAAAACCCGAACCCACGGGUACCCACUUGAUCCAACCCGGUCAACGCGGGUAAAAUCCAUGUUGACGGGUUUUGGGUCGACUUUGGGUUUAAACCCGUUCACUAUUCACGGGGUUGGGUUGGAUUUGGGUUUAGGUAAACCCGACCCAUGGGUACCCGCCCGCACCCAUAUAGUUAAUUUUCUUAGUAUAUUUAAUAUUCUAAACAACUAAUCUUAUUUAUGUUUGUGGAGACAUGUCUAAUUUUUUCUUUCAAAUUGUGUAGAAUGAAGUUGAUGUUAUCGAGUGGAGAGUGAAGAAACUUAAUUGAAAGGAAGAAGUUUUCAAUUAAUCAUGUUAUUUAUGGAUAAUUUGUGAUUUGCUUCAAUUUUCUUGAGUUUUCUAGAUUGGUGUUGAACAAUUUUUAUAGUUAAUUUGUGAUUUGCUUGAAUUUUCUAGAAUGGUGUUUUAUAUAUGGAUAAUUUGUAUUGAGAGAUUGAUAUUUAACUUUAAUUUUGAUAGGAACUUGUUGUUGUAAAUUUUUUACGACAAAAACCCGUGGGUACUCAUGAACCCACGAAUACCCAACGGGUUGGGUUUGAGUUUUUCAAACCCAGUGGAUUUUACCCCGAGUUUUUUUUAUGAAAACUCAAACACAGUGAAGUUUACCCCGAUUUUUUUUACGGAUAAACCCAUAGGUUUGAGUUUGGGUUUGGCAAAACCCGACCAAACCCGACCCAUUGCCAUCCCUAAAUUGGGUACAAACUAGAACGGUGUCGUUGCACGCUUCCGAAGUAUAUAAAAGGGUGAACCCUAGCUAGCAGGUUCUUCUCUUUCAGCUGUUCACUGCGCUCACUUCUUCCCUUGACAACAGCGCAGCAGCCGCCGAAGAACCCUAAUAGCCGCCGAUCUCACGCCAUGGCCGUCGGGAAGAACAAGCGGAUCUCCAAGGGCAAGAAGGGAGGCAAGAAGAAGGCAACCGAUCCCUUCGCCAAGAAGGAUUGGUACGAUAUCAAGUCACCAUCCAUUUUCGAGGUCAGGAACAUAGGCAAGACCCUCGUCAGCAGAACCCAGGGAACUAAGAUUGCCUCCGAAGGCCUGAAGCAUAGAGUUUUCGAAGUCUCUCUUGCUGACCUUCAGAAGGAUGAGGAUAAUGCCUACCGAAAGAUUCGCCUUAGGGCAGAGGACGUGCAAGGAAAGAAUGUCCUCACCAAUUUCUGGGGAAUGGACUUCACAACAGACAAGCUCCGCUCCCUUGUCCGCAAGUGGCAGACAUUGAUCGAAGCCCAUGUCGAUGUCAAGACAACUGAUAACUACACCUUGAGGAUGUUCUGCAUUGCCUUCACAAAGAGGCGUCCCAAUCAGGUGAAGAGGACUUGCUAUGCCCAAUCGAGUCAGAUCCGCCAGAUUCGCAGGAAGAUGACGGAGAUCAUGAUCAACCAAGCACAGUCCUGUGAUUUGAAGGAUCUAGUGAAGAAGUUCAUCCCCGAAAGCAUUGGGAAAGAAAUUGAGAAGGCCACUGUUGGAAUCUAUCCUCUCCAGAAUGUUUUCAUCCGAAAGGUCAAGAUCCUCAAGGCUCCCAAAUUUGACAUUGGAAAGCUGAUGGAGGUCCAUGGUGAUUACUCGACCGAGGAUGUUGGUGUGAAGGUGGAGAGGCCUGCUGAUGAGCCGAUGGCGGAAGCAGCAGCUGAGACCGAAGUUGUUGGAGCUUGAUCACAACCCAGAAGACUAGAUAUCUGUAGUCCAGAUUGUGACAAAUCGUUUGAGCUGUCUUUACAUUAGAGUAUUGGAUCCAAGUUUUGAUGGGAUUUAGUUUGGGAACGUGUGCUGAACUGUAGAGGUUUAUUAUCUAUCGGGAUAGUAUGUGAGAUCAAUCAGCUACUUGCGCUUUUCUCAAGUUUUACAUUAAACAUAGCCACUUGGGUUUCAGUGAUGGUCAAAUCUUAUCUUAUUAUUAGUGAUAAAACCUUGCAAUAGUCUCUCCGAUAUAUUUCGUUGGAAGUUGAAAUGUCAUGGAUUCUGUCAGCAUCAAUUGCAUUUUAUCACUGAAAGAUAUGGACAAUGACACAGCAGUUCCUGCUCGUCUUCUUCCACUUCAUUCUUAGUGCAAGAAGAAGCACAUAAGCUGGCAAUGAUACCGUUGCAAUCAAGUGGAAAGCGUUGAGCUCCUAGUUCAACCGGUGCUCAGUUCUUCGUCUGAAUUCGCCGGUUGUGAAGCAAUGGACAUUACGUUCCAUGUGCUGUACGUUCAUCUGCAAUUUCGAAGCAGUGUCCAUGGUGAACGAUGUUCAUCUGCAAUUUCGAAGCAGUGUCCAUGGUGAACGUAGAUGCAUGGCUAACUUCUAGUUACCAGAGACCACAAGGAAACAGGCUUGCCAAAUGGUAGAUUAUAAGUUCCCAAACCCAAACUAACUGCCAUAUCCAGCAAUUUAACUUCUCUCACUGUUUUGUCCCUUCUGGAUCACAGAGACACAGGUAAGAACCACAAUGUCCAGCCAACAAUAAACAAAUUAAUGCUCU